AUGACCACUGCGCAACCAGAAGGAGUCGCGAUUGAGCAGAAGAUACAGCCCGUUCCAUCAUCUGAUAAGAUGGCUUUGGAUUUAGAUAUCAACGGAAACUCAAAUCGAGAUGAGACCCACAACCACGUUGAUGCUACCCCUCCUGAAGACGUUCUCCCCAAAACCGCCGAUCUCGCCUCGACUUCAGACAAUGUUGAAGCCAGCGCGACUAGUACAACUGUGAAUGGAUUUGCAAAUACCGAGGCCUUCACCGACAACCAAUCUGUUGAAGCGCCCUCUAUCGACAAGCAGUCACCGGCCGCCGCUGAGUCGCAACCCACCGAAGAAAUGUCUUCUUUGGCUUUGAACUCUCAACUCCCCAGCACGAAUACAACCGCCACCGAAGAGCUGCAGCCCUCAACGUCACCCCAUGCGCAGGAACCCAAUACAUCUGAAUUACUUGCCUCGGCAGACUCGGCCAUCGAGUUAGCUGUGGAGGACGUUGCCGCACCCUCAACAGUCCUUCCUGUCGUCGAGGCGCAAGAGUCUGACAUCCGCCAUAUAUCAUCACCACCCAUGCAAGCCUCAGAACCGCCGCUACUGGAGCAGACAUCGGGUCUGGACUUCGACUUUGACGCCCCAGCGGAUCUACCGCAGGGAAUGGACAGUGUUGAUCAGUCGCUUGGCGCAGAUGUCUCUGACCUCGGUACUUCAGGAAACAUCCCCGACCUUCCCGACUUUUCUGCCGACGACCAGUUACUGCAGGAUGCACCAGGAGAUUUUGCUUCUGACGAUAUACUUCCACUCCGCACAGGCAACGAUGCAACUUUUCAACAAGAAGAUAUUAGUAUGAGUGGAGAUGGCACAGACAACAUUAAGGCUGAGACUGUUGCACCAGCUCCAGUUGCAGAUGUAUCCAUGGCGCCGCCGAAGGUUGCCCGAGAACGCGAGGAUGACGACGAGAAUGCGCCAUCGGCCAAGCGCGCAAAGACCGACGAGACAACUGCUUUGGACCAAGAAAUGGCUGACGUACCAGCGGCUCCGAAUGGCGAAUCUGCUGCCGUCCAGGUAGAUUUAAAGCCAAUCUCCGACUACGAAAUGAGAGAAAUCGUCAAGAUCCUGAAAAACUCGGCCAAGAGUAAGGAUGGGAGAAAUUUCGUCAAGCCGGUCGCAGAAAUGUGGCCAUUGCUGGCUGAGUCUUAUACUGCCAAGAUCCAGAAUCCAGUUGAUCUGGCUACAAUGGAACAGAGGUUGAAAUCUUUUGCUUAUCCUAACGUGGAUGCAGUCAAAAACGAUGCCAGACUUAUCGCGAGCAAUGCAGCAGAAUUCAAUGGUCACGCGCAUAUUGUUGCAGUCUCUGCUCGUGUCGUUGAAAGUUAUAUCAUAUCCAGGAUUGACAACAUCAAGCCUGAGCCCACCCCAGCUCCUAAGAGGGAGAAGGUCAAGAAAGAACCCGCGGUUGCAGCUGCUCCACGAACUGCCCACAGAAGACUUUCCAAGGGUGCUGGUACAAGCGCCGUCAAGGCAUCUGCUCCAGCACAGACUUUCGCGCUAGAUCCAACGACUAGUACCCCGACGAUCCGUCGCGAAUUCUCAGGAGAGAGCAGUCGCCCGAAGCGAGAGAUUCAUCCCCCCAAAAACAAGGAUCUUCCAUACAAUACUGCCACAAGGCCCAAGAACAAGAAGUUUGCCACAGAACUCAAAUUCUGCCAAGAGGUGUUGAAAGAGUUGCAAGAUCCCAAGCAUUAUUCAUUCGCAAGUGCUUUCUACGUCCCGGUCGAUCCUGUCGCUCUGGGCAUCCCAAAUUACUUCGCGGUCAUCAGAAGCCCUAUGGAUCUUUCAACUGUCGAAAAAAAGCUCAAGGAAGGAAAUUAUGGAAAUGCAAAGGAUUUCGAAAAGGACAUCAGACAGAUCGUUACCAACUGCUACAAAUUCAACCCUCCUGGAAAUGCUGUCCGAGUACUUGGACAACAAUUUGAAGAAUUCUUUAAUCGGCAAUGGGACAAGAAGCAGCAAUAUUUAGCUGACCAUUCACCUGCACCCGCAAGCCAUGCUGGCUCGCCUGAUUCAGAGGAGGAAGAGAGUGAAGACGAUGAAGAUGAGGCAGAGAGCGCCCCUGCUAGUAGUACCAUGAGCGCAGCUGCCCAACGUCUUAUCGAGGAGCAGGGUAAAUUGAUUGAGAUGAUGAGAGACAAGAAGACAAGUAAAGACAUGAUUGAUCUGCAACACCAGUUGAUCGAUCUACUUUCGAAGCAAGUAAAAGAAAACCCAUCUCAACCUCGGCCGGCAGCCAAAAAAGCCAAGAAGCCUUCGAGGCCCUCCAAGUCAAAGAAGCCGAUUCCGUUGAAGAAGGCCCCUGCGCCAAAGAAAGCAGGUGGAAACCGGCAGCACGCCAAAUAUAUGGGCACAUUGGAGAAGGAAGUUAUCUCCGCUGGUAUUGGCUCCCUCCCUGAAGAAUUGUCAAGUCAAGUUUUGGAGAUGAUCAAGGCGGAGCAGCCAGGUGUUGAUGUCGGCGACGAUGGAACGCUUGAGCUUGACAUUGACGUUGUCAGCGUUCCUACCCUCUGGAAAAUACACGGCCUAAUCAUGAUACAUUGCCCGGAAGUUGACGCAGACAUGCGAAAGCAGUUCGAGGCGCGUGAUACGCCCCGUGAAUUGGCAAAACCUCCAACCAAGAAAAAGAAUAAGCCAAUGAGCAAGAGUGAGCAGGAGCAAAAGAUUGAACUUUUGAAGAGCCGUGAGAGAGAGUUUGCAAACCGACAAGGUUCUGGUUCCCAAGAACCUGUGAUGCCCACGGUGGAAGCCCAAGAUCCCGAAUCCAGUGGUGAUGAGGAUUCUGAUUCAGAGGAGGAAUGA